AUGGCUAUUUCGGUCUUCCCUGGUACCGGUGAGCACUUGACCAUAGUUAGUCAGGACCGAAGGCUGUGUUGGUUCGAUAACGAGCUUGGCAACAAGCCUUGGAAGACCUGGCGGUACCACAAACGAGUGGUACGGGAUGUUGAGUUUCAUCCUUUGGCCGCUGGGAGGCUCCCUCUGAUGGCUACUUGUUCUGAUGAUGGCAGUGCUCAUAUAUUCCACGCGAAGGUGUACAAUGAUGCUAUGUCGAAUCCGCUGGUAGUGCCAGUGAAGAAGCUACGCCCUAAGGAUGGUGGCCGAAUCCUAUCUUGUUCGUGGCACCCUCAUCAACCUUGGGUCCUCCUCACGAUGGGAGAUGGCCGUGUCCAGCUGUGGGUUUGA